CAUAAGCGUUUUACGUGCGACGCAGAUGUGAAGUAUGUAGGCAGCAUCCUAGUGGCUGUCUGACUGCGACCACCAGGUCUUUAUUUUCAUCGUCACACUGCAGGUGGACCAGAGAGAAGCCGGAACUGUGUUUCUUGGAGACAGUCGGAUCAAUAUUUCUUUUAAAACUACUUAAACAACACGUUGUAAGAGUCGGUCCCUCUGAUGAAGCUAACAGUUAGCUUAGCCUCUUAGGUGGUGAACUGUUAAGUCUGUGUCUGUGAGUAAGGUUAAACCUUAUCAAACUACAAUCAACUACUACUUCAACAGCAGGCGAAGAUACAGCUGAGUUCAAGGACGAUUUCUGAAAGCCUCAAGGUGACAGAUACAGUCGAGCUGUCAAGGAGGCGCUAGCCCACGUUAACCGGUCUCACUUCCUUGUGUAGUUCGAGGUCAUUCUGUCGCUUUCGUCAGAGCCAGUGAACCGUUAGCGUGAACCAUGAAGAGUCUACCGUACUUCUGCCGCGGAGAGGUCAUCCGAGGCUUCGGGAGAGGGAGCAAAGAGCUGGGGAUUCCCACAGCCAACUUUUCAGACUCAGUGGUGGACAAUCUUCCAGCAGAUAUCAGCACAGGAAUCUACUAUGGCUGGGCAUGUGUGGGUAACGGGGAUGUUCACAAAAUGGUGAUGAGCAUUGGCUGGAAUCCGUACUACAAAAAUACAAAAAAGUCAAUGGAGACCCAUGUGAUUCACACGUUCAAGGAGGAUUUUUAUGGGGAGGUUCUCAGUGUUGUCAUGGUGGGCUACAUCCGUCCAGAGAGAAGCUAUGACUCACUUGAAGCUCUGAUUGCCGCCAUCAACAAUGACAUUGAGGAAGCCAAGGUCAACCUGGAGCUCGCAGAGCAUCUCAAACUGAGAGAGGAUAACUUCUUCACCAGCAUCUCAUCUACAGGCCUGCCCACCACCACCACAGCAUCCACAUCACAGACUAUAAUGAAUGGUCACUGACAGCUGGCUGUGACUGUAGCACUUACUGUAUACACAAACAUUUCUGAAGAUAAGGCUUUCUGCAUUCAUACUCAUUAGAUGCACCGCUUUGUAGAUAUAAAUUAUAAAAGACCCAUGUUUUAUGUUUUCUUUCUUUCUGUUUUUUAAAAUUAGUUAUUUGCAGAUAUAAUAGAUAAUGUUAAUUUGUGUAUAUAUAUAUAUACAUGUGUGUAUAUAUAUAUAUAUAUAUGUUCCCUCCAGAAUUGCUGUUUGCAGUUUCUGGAUUCCAGUGCUUCUGUAUAUUUGAUCUUUUAUGUGAGAAGGUACUUAAAAAUCAGUUUGAGAUGAAGGUGACCAGAAACUACAAAUGGUUUAGACCAUAAACUAAUUUAUGUGAACACAUGGUCAUAAACAAAAUGGCUAUCAGUUUUAAAGUCCUUUUCUCAUGAGGAUAUAUCUGUGUCAGAUGUUUAGUCUGGGCAUUAUUAUCUGUAACAAGAACACAGUUGGCACAGUUAUGACUUUAUGCAACAUAGUGGCUCAAUGCAAGGCAUAUGUGUGAUGACAGGGAUAUUAAAUAAUGGAACUAUAUAAAUUUAAUGGCAUCUUUACUUUCUUUUUUUCAUAGUUCUUCUGAGAAAAUGUCUUUUCUUUUAAGCAUGAGUCUAACUUUCCUUACAAUCACUGCUCAGAAAAGUAUUAAAUCAGAGAAUUUGGGGGUUCUUUUAGAACAAUGAAUAUAAUCCUCGUUAACUGGAAUUACUGAAUAAUCAUCAGCAUAGUUAUUUAUUGAAUGAAAUGUCUACAUGUAGCAUAGACCUCAAAAAAUACCAACUUUUCAGUUGUGAGAAUCCUUUAGCAGAAGCAAGCUAUUUUUUCCACUGAUUACAGAGAGUAAAACAUUUGAAGGCCAAAUAAAGCGGGGGAAAAACUUCCACACCUCAUUCUCCCAAUACUGAUAUUUACAAAUCUUUGAAGACAAUCAAGUCUAGACAGAAAAAAAACCUACAAUCUGUGUCUACACACACAUAUUACUGUUAUAUCUGUUGAGCUUGUGGUCUUUUAUAGGAACUGUUUUUAGAUCAGUGUGAGUCGACACAUGUCAAUCAUUUAAAAGAACAUGAAAUGGUCAAAUAUUUAACUUCUAGCUAACCCAUUUAAAUGAUUGUUUAAUAGAACCAACACAUUAAUCUCGCACUGUGCUUUGAAAUGUUUUAAUCUGCUUUGUAUUUCGAUUUUUCUGGGUGUGAAAGGGUCCCAGUGCCUUUUUAUGAAUGAUGAUUUCUGUUCUAUUGUAACAGUAUACAUUCUGUAUAGCUGUCUGCUAAUUCACCGUUAUGUCAAGCUUCAUGUCUCAUGCUGUAAACUACUGUAUAUGCUCAUCCUCUGACAUCAAACAUUUGAAGAGGGAUGUUACCACUGGAUGUUUACAGUUUAGGGGCCAGUGUAAUGGAGAGUUAAGGGAAAAUCCUUAAUAUUUUCUUCACCUUUCACUCAAGAGGCUUCUUCAGUUCUGAAUGACUCCUGGGUGAGAGGUGAAACAUCUACAGCCUACAGCUAAAUCAAGUCCAGCUCACAGAUAUCCUUUAUAUUUUCAUUCAUGUUUGACAGGAUUUUUAAUCAAAGCUUACCAGGAAACAUAAAAGCACCUCGCCACAUUUGGCCUUUUUUUCCUGGGAUGACAUUGGUUGAUGCAGACGGGAAUUUUGUCAAUGUUACUUAAUUUCAAGAUUCUGCAGCAGAUAUAUAAUAUUAACAGUUGCAAAUGUAUCUAUUACAAACAGUAUGUAAUUAAGGGUUUUGUUAAGUUGGAUGAGAAUAAACCUGUAUUUCCUGA